UAAGGCUGAACCCCACUAAAGCCCCAAUAUCAACAACGAUAACAGCUAGUUAAAAGUUUAUUGAUCCAUGCAUCUCACAUGAUUUCUUCACGAAACGAGCAAGUCGCGAUUUCCAUCACGCGUCUUAUCAAAUUCGACUCACGAGACUUCUACUUGAUUAACAAGUUGGACCUGACCUUUUUUUUUUUUUGAAUGAUGAUAAUAAAAAAAGGGCUAUCCCCCCGAAAACAACUUUCAUCAAUUUUUCAAAUUUGAUUUGAGAUUCUACAUUUCAUGGAUGAAAACAACACCCAACAUGCCAACUUACCCACUAAUAUGAUAAAUCACCACAAAACCCCUUAAGAGAUUGUCAAAGGUGCAACACCAUUCAUUCGAGGAAAAAAUUAGACACAUUUUCGAGUACUCGGCAAAAUAACUGCAGGUUAUUACAACACAAGCCUCUUUGUGGUCAACCAAAAUUUGCCACUGCAUAGCCCGAUUCAUCCAGAAACGACAGUCACCUCAAGUUUACAUUAGUCAUAUGUCAGCCCCUAUCGUCUACGAAGGGGCCCUUGCCCCAAAAAGGCCUAAUCAAAAUGCCCUAUUUAAGGGUAAGAAGUUCUGGGUUGCACAACUUGUUCCAUCGCGAAUGAUGUAUGUCCAACAUAUUCAAGAUAACGGUGGCCGGGUGGUUUCGCUCGAUACACAGGCAGAUUUCUUGAUUUAUGACCAUUUAAGAAAGGAUGCGCCCUCUGGCCCCAAAGUAUGUUCAUACAAGUUUAUCGACGAUUCUAUCAAGGCUGGUAUCCUUCAGGAUCGUGAGAAGUACUCUUGCCAUCAUGCAACUCACCCCAAGAAAGCCACGAAGACAAAUUAUACUCCUGAAGAGGAUCUAUUAAUUCAAAAGUUCGUUACCCAAAAGGAGCGGGAGGGGCAGAGCAUUGGAGGUAAUGCGAUAUACAAAGAAUUCGGAGCAAAGUAUCCGCAACAUACUUGGCAGUCAUGGAGAGAUCGGUGGAUCAAAAAGCUACAAGCCCUGCCUCGACGUGCAAUUUCUGGUGGAGAGUCAUCCUCUCCAUCAACUGAGCCAGCCAAACCAGAUACUAAACCCUCGGCAUAUGUAUCUGAGCAUCUACCAGAGCCACACCAACGGGUUGAAGUUGACGAGGAACCAGCUCAACGCCCCGUUAGCCCUCAACCUCUUGACAAAUUCACUGACGAGGAUGACACAAUAAUCACCCAGCAUAUUCAAGAAUCCAUAAAACAAAGAAAGAACAUCCAAAAUGCGGAAAUAUUCGUUGACCUUGCUAAAGAUUAUCCGCAACACUCCAGCGAGUCGUGGAGGGCUCAUUGGCUACAGAACAUUGCGCCAAAAUAUGAACAGCAGAUCUCCCUGUGGGGGUCGGAACUUGUGCCAGAUAAGUUAUUAGAUAGUUCUGCCACAAUUAAACGACAAAGGGACUCUCAAACCAGCCAAUCUCCAGGUGUUCAUCUAUCGGAAUUAGAAGCAAUAGCUAAUCAAACUCACCCAAUGAGUACCACCAAUGGAACACCGGCCCAUUAUGUCAUUCGGACAGACCCCUAUGAGCCCGAUAAUCAAGAGGAAAAUCAGCAACGACAACCUCCCAUUCAUGAUCAGACCAAACCCGAAACACGAGUUGUUGAAUAUGGGGGAGAUAGUCCCACCCAAGACCAGGAAACCAUACGUGAUCGAGAGAAGUCAUUUUACAACGAUUAUCAGAUAUUUACAGAAUCCUGUGGAGUUCGCUUUACCCCUUGGCUUACUAUAGAGUCGAGAAGUUUCAAGAUAUGGGACUUAUGGGAGGCUGUUACAUCUCAGAACACGGAUCCUGAAGAACGUGAUUGGCACCAAAUAUCCGAAAUUCUUGGAUUUGAUUGGGUUGAUUCCACCAUUCCUGAUCGGCUUCAACAAGAGUACGAAAGGCACCUUUCCGCCUUUGAAAGUUCCUUUCAAGAUUUUUGUGAUGCCACUACUACUGAAGAUGACAAUGAGGACGAAGGUGAAGAGGAAACCGGCAACAACGAAAACCCAGAAUCGGAAUUGGCACUUGCUUCAUCAUCGAAAUUUCCUACUUUGAAGCGAUCCUUUAAUGCUCACCUUUCAUCAGACCAUGUAUAUCCACAGUCUUCGCCGCCGAAGCGACAAAGAAUCAGCCGGGAUAUUGAAAUACCCUCCACUCCUGACAAUGUGAAUGGAACUUCUCAUCUACGCCAACAGACCAGCAUCUACGAUUCCUCCCCCAGUGCUAGUAGAGCAGUUCAACAUUUGGUAGAUGAUGAGUCAAAAGAUAUGGAAACCCGAGAUGCGGUUUAUGACUUACCUAGCCUACCUCGUAGGACGAAGAAGGUUCUCGAGCCAGAAACGCAGGAUUUCAGAUUCGAUCCAGAGACUCAGGAAGUUAUCUUCGAAAUUGAAGAGGAGGAGGUGGGGACGCAAUGCAAUAUCACUCCAUCACAACAACUUCAUCAAGAGUCUGAUAGGAUAGAACGGGAUAUUGCAAGUGCUUCACCAACACCUAAAGCUAAGUCCCAAGGGGGUAGCACAGUAACUCCUACAUCUAGAAGAUCAAAUCGGGUAGGCUUCCUACCGGAUUCCGAUGAAGAGGCAGACGAAGUGCCAAAGCCUGCUAGUGCUAGUCGUAAUAAGGCUAAACGUCGUUCUUUGCCCAAGUCAUUUUCAGAGAAAUCAUCAUCCAAUAUUGAGACAACUUCGGUACCUUCCAAUACUCAGAAUAGAGGUCUACUUAGAGAACAACGACAGGUACUACGUCGCCAAGCACCUGCAAAGGAAACGCCCGACGAUGUCAUCGAUCGCUUUUGCUCGCUUGGCUAUCCGAAAGACAUCGUGCUUCAGGCACUGCGGGCCACGACUUGGCGUCUUGGCGACGCUGGUCAGGUCAUGGAGAUAUUAAAGAGAGGGGAAGGGAUACCGCAAAGAGCACAAGGUGUAUGGACACAACGUGAUGAUGAAGCUUUGGAACUAGUGGCUCGCGGUGGGCCACCGAAGAAUGAGAAGGAGGAGAGGAAGCACCAAAGGGCUCAAAAAAGACUCGAAAAGAAACACGGUCCUGCACUGAUGGAACUUCGGCGCAAAUACCUAUGGGAGGUCGUCUAAGCUUCAAUUAACCUUUCAAUGAUAAUUAGUGCUUAUUAGGGGUGCUGAUUAGGACAAAAAGGUGCCAACUAGUUGAAACUGUAUUUACUACCAAAGUGGUUUAUACACUCUGCUGAUUGUAUGUGCUCUAGGUCCCUACUAUGUAGGUUUCUAGUGGCUACCAAUAGUUCGCACGCUACCACCUAGGCAGUCUGGCGAUGGUUAAUA